ACGCCUGAAACCGGAUGUAGUGCGGUUCAAAAAAACAACCAUCUCGCUCUCUUUUUUUUUUGCUCGUGACUUCGGAGUGGCGCCGAGACGUGUGUCUUCAAGUGUGUAUUUAUCUCCCAAUCUUCCCGUUAUAGCGGAACCUAAACAUGGACAGAAGAUCUCUGCGUAGUUGAUAUAUGGACGUGGUUCCACUUUGCACAUAAUCCAAUCCGUCGUCUUCGCUCUGAAAGUGACCCGGCACUCAAACGUUGCACAUCCUGCCAAUCGUCUCGAGGGUGCUGGUAUGGCCAACAGCACCGCGACGGCAGUAAAGGUUAUGGGAGCACCCGGUCCUGCGGGCAGAAGCAGCCCCGAAGGAUCUCAGGUGCUGAGCAAGAAGAAGCUUCAAGACCUGGUGAGAGAAAUCGACCCCAACGAGCAGCUGGACGAGGACGUCGAGGAGAUGCUGCUGCAGAUCGCCGACGACUUCAUUGAGAGCGUGGUGACGGCCGCUUGUCAGCUGGCACGCCAUCGCAAAUCCAACAGCUUGGAGGUCAAAGACGUCCAGUUGCAUCUCGAACGUCAAUGGAACAUGUGGAUCCCAGGUUACGGGUCGGAUGAGAUCCGGCCCUUUAAGAAGGCUUGCACCACAGAGGCUCACAAACAGAGGAUGGCCCUGAUCCGCAAGACGACCAAAAAGUAGCCUCCAUCAUUCUUGUCGAGCCCCGCCACCUUGUAUUUCUUUUUUUUUUUUGAGAGAGAGGGUUGUCCUCAAAAAAAAAAUAAUGAGUUGGUGAAAGGACAUUUGUUGACAUUAAUAUUUCAUUGUCAUGUCUUCCUAAUUUUGGAGUAUAUUAUCAUCACGUACUAGUGUACUAAUUUGGUUUUGUUUUUCCUCCUGUUUUGUGUACACAUUCAGCUGUUUAUGUCAAUAAAUAUAGUCACCUAUUUGGAUUGUGACAA